CGCGUUUGUUUUGUGUAGUUUCUUUUUUUUUUUAAUUGUGAAAAGGAAAAUAUUUGGCGGCAAAAAGUCGGGUGUUUGCCAAGCAUCCACCCUCGAGCCCUGCUGAACGUAAACACAGAACGUAACACAUAUCGGGUGACGUCGCGUGACGUAUGGAAGAUAGGAAUUACGCUUACGACCCGGUUGGUCAGACCGGUGCGCCAGUCAACCAGCAAGCGUACAGAAUGGAGGCAGGACAACUGUGGCGGCAAUAUGUCAUCGCCGGAAUCGCGAACAUCGCGAUUGCGUCAACGGGUUACUCCAUGGGAUGGACGUCCCCUGUCAACCUGAAACUGCAAGCUAACGACACCACCAACCCUGUGGGCAAUCCCAUCACUAAGGAGGAAGAAGCAUGGAUCGGAUCCCUGCUCACUGUCGGUGCUAUCUUCGGCCCAUUCCUCGGCGGUUUUGCUGCAUCAAAGAUCGGUCGCAAAUGGGGUCUUCUGAGUACUGCCAUCCCUCUGUUCGUUGGUUGGAUCCUGAUCGCAGCCACCAAUAAUGUUGGCAUGAUAUACGGUGGCAGGAUCUUCUGGGGUCUCGCCGUCGGUAUGCUGUUCACAAUCUCACCUAUGUACUGCGCGGAAAUUGCUACGGAUGACUCUCGUGGUGCCCUCGGUUCGUUCCUGCAAGCGUUCAUCACGCUAGGUUACCUGCUGAUCUACGGUAUCGGUCCGUACGUGUCCUACAUGGUGAUCGCCUAUGUCGGUAUCAUCUUCACUGCAGUCUUCGUCGCCGGAUUCUUCUUUAUGCCUGAGUCUCCCUUCUACUACCUGGCUAAAGGUGACAGGGAAGCAGCUGCCAGCUGCCUGGCUAAGAUCCGAGGCCGCUCCCAUGAGGGCGUUCAGGCCGAACUUGACCUAAUGGCUGCUGAUGUCAACGCAUCUUUGGAAAAAACUGCUACGGUCGCCGAUGUAUUCCGUGGCAGUAAUUUCAAAGCGUUCUACAUUUCGUGCGCUUUAGUAUUCUUCCAGCAGUUCAGCGGUAUCAACGCCGUCCUCUUCUACAUGACCAAUAUCUUUGAAGCUGCCAACUCAAGCCUCGACUCUGCCAUCGCUACCAUCAUCAUUGGUGUCGUUCAGGUGAUUGCGUCUUGCAUCACACCUCUGGUGGUAGACCGACUGGGCCGUAGGAUCCUACUCCUUAUCUCCGCUUCCGGAACUGCUAUUGGACUGGGUCUUUUAGGCAUGUUCUUCAUCUUAUCCGAAAAGGGCAGUCCCGUUGUGAGCAGCAUUGGUUUUCUGCCGAUCCUCUCCCUCGUACUCUUCAUAGUGACUUACUGCUGGGGUCUGGGACCCCUACCUUGGGCUGUCAUGUCUGAGCUGUUCCCCAUUGAAGUGAAGGCCAUUGCCUCGCCCAUCGCCACCGCCUUCUGCUGGGUUCUGUCCUUCUUGAUCACCAGGUACUUCAGUGCCAUUGCCUCAGGCCUCGGUAUGGGUGGCACGUUCUUCAUCUUUGGCGCGUGUUGUGUGGCCGCCUUCUUCUUCACGCUGUUCCUUGUGCCAGAGACCAAGGGCAAGAGCUUCCAGGAGAUCCAGGACAUCCUGUCUGGCAAACCAUCCAAGCUGGAGAAGGCAUAAAGUGAUAGCUUAAAGUGAAUAUUUUGUUUUAUGUUAUUAUAAAUAAUCGCUAGCUGUUAGUAUUACUGCAUCGGGUCACCCCACGCAUAGGCCGUGACAAUUGGAAUACUAGAGGAUAAAAGAAUACUAAAUGAACAAAACGAUUUUUUAAAUCGAUUUUACAACAUUCUAUCCCGAAUCCGAUAAUCGAUUUAAAAACAUUCGGUUCCGAAAAUCGAUUCCAAUAACCGAUUUUACAAGAUUCGGUUUCGAAAAUUCAUUUUACAAAAAAAUCUAAGGAGAAAUUCCUAGUUCCCAAUUGAUACGGUUGAAACUUGUUUAUUGGAGAUCAAAAAUCGUCCUCGUAAUUUAUUCCAGUGAAAUUAUAUUUUUAUACAUACGUACCUAGGUAAUAUAUUGUUUGGUCUCCAACUUACAAGAUUUUUUUUUCAGUUUAAUGCUAAGCCAAGUUUCUGGUCUUUGAAAAUGGGAGGGGCAGAAACUUUGCCACGCCUUAGACUUGAUUUUCAACGAAACAAAACAUUUGGACCAAUUUUUGUAAUAUGUAUUUUAAUGAGAAUAGUAAUUUAUAACCGUUUAUCCCUUUAAGAAUAUUUUAAUGUUCCUUAGUGUUGAUCGGUAUAUAAUGAUCAGAGACAUCCGUCAUUUUUAGCGAUACAUGAGAAUGGUAACACUGGAAAACGAAAUGACAAAAAAUCAAUGAUCGAAUUUUUAUCUGACAGAAAAAGACCAGCAUGCAAUUUAUAAUAUGGUUUUUAAAAGAUUGUGUUUUAAUAUUAACGUCCAUUUUAACCUGCAAAUCGAAAAUGACAUUGACAGACAACACAGUGUUUCCAAUUUUAAAAAACGCCUGUAUGCUGCAUAAAUCAGUGUUGCCAUUAUCGCGAAUAAGAUACUGUAAGUUAUACAAUCACAUUGUAAGUACAAACUAGUGAAAGCAGGGAGCGGACGGACGCAACUAUUUGUGAUAGUAGCUAAUUAUUUCUAUUGUACAUACCUAUUUAAUUAUUUUUUAUGUCUAAACAUUAUUUUGUUACGAAUAAAUUGUUUUUUAUUGUGUUA